CUUAGAGUUAUUGUUGUAUCAAGAAAAAAAAACCACCCUGUUAGACAGUAGACACUCACUUCCUCCUCCCUUUGGCUAUGGCUGCCGAUGUUAGCUCUUUACAUAGAGUUUUAAGCGGAUACAAGGAUGAUCUAAUGGUUGGGAAUGAAUCCGGUGGUGCAAAACCAACGGCUUUGAUCACUAGGGACUUGCUUGGAGGCGGAGGCGGUGGCGCAGGUGGUGCCUCCCCUUUCAUCAAUACGAAAACUGAUCAAUCAGAAGAACUUAACCUCGACCUUCAAGUCCCUAAUGGAUGGGAAAAGCGCCUAGACUUGAAAUCCGGUAAGGUGUACUUGCAAAGAUGCAAUUCCUCAAGUUCUUCACAAUUAUCAGAUGGAAGCAAGCACCAAAUCAAUCAAACAGUGCCAAAGCUUCAAGAUUUGAAUUUUCCAGCCUCUUCCUCUAAACCUUUGCUAAACCUUUUCGACGACACCAACCUAGAAUUGAAAUUAGUCUCAUCACUCACUCCUACCAAUUAUCAAAGUGUUUGCACCCUCGACAAAGUAAAAUUCGCGCUUGAACGUGCCGAGAAAGAGCCGAUCAAGAAGCGAUCACCAUCAUACUCUUCGUCAUCAUCUUCGAUCAAAGAUUCGCAAAACAGUGAAGGUGAUCAAGAUAAGUUGUUUGCGUCGCCGGUUGCAGCGGGUUGUCCCGGAUGCUUAUCGUAUGUGUUGAUAAUGAAACAUAACCCUAAAUGUCCUAGGUGCAAUACCCUUGUUCCAAUGCCAGUUGCUAAAAAGCCUCGCAUUGAUCUCAAUAUAUCAAUUUGAGGGAAGAUUUAAGUUAUUCUAGCUUUGAUAUCCAGUGCUUGAUUAUAAUUUGUAAAUGGUAGAUGAAUUAGAAUAGAAAUCUUAGUAAAAAUUGGGCAUAUGUAUAUUGGAAAAGGAUGGCAAACAUCCAAGAGAAACAUAAAAUUUGAGUAUUCAAUAUUUAUUUUGUGUUUUAA